UGCAGUUGUUGGUGGUAUUGCAACCAUCGCAACAGUAAUUGUAGUCAUUAGAUACUUGAACAAGGCUACAAAAGGGGCUAUGCCACCAUAUGCCCAUAUCGAAAUCGGCAGGAAACCUGUCUCGAAUACCACACCACCGGAUUUCUCUGUUCUUCCAGACCCACAAAUUGAAGCAACAAUGAAGAGAUUUUUCAGUAACAUUGCUAAGGAGAAGCCAAUCCCUUUUUCACCUCAAGAGUUGUCUGGUUUCAGUCAGAAUUACAAAACAAGAUUGGGAUCCGGCGGCUUUGGUAUUGUCUAUAAAGGAGAGCUCCCAAAUGGGGUGCCAGUGGCAAUCAAGGUCCUUAACAAAGCUUCAGACAAGCAAGCUAAAGAGCAGUUCAUGGCAGAAGUAAGCACAAUUGGAAGAACAUACCAUGUCAAUUUGGUUAGACUCUAUGGGUUCUGUUAUGAUUCCACAGUGCAAGCUCUUGUCUAUGAGUACAUGGACAAGGGGUCACUUGAUGGUAUAUUGUUCGACAAGAACCAGAGAAUGGAAUGGGAAAAGCUGCAUGAAAUAGCAAUUGGAACAGCAAAAGGGAUUGCAUACUUACAUGAAGAGUGUCAGCAAAGAAUAAUUCACUACGAUAUAAAGCCAGGGAAUGUCCUCCUUGAUGCAGAACUAUUUCCCAAGGUUGCAGAUUUUGGAUUGGCUAAGCUUUCUAAUAGAGAUAGUAGCCAUAUAACCAUGACAGAUUGUAGAGGGACACCGGGUUAUGCUGCACCGGAGCUGUACAUGCCAUACCCAGUAACCCAUAAAUGUGAUGUCUAUAGCUUUGGUAUGCUUCUGUUUGAAAUUCUAGGAAGGAGAAAGAACCACAAUUCUAAUCUAAGUGAGCCUGAGAAUUGGCUACCAAGGUGGACAUGGGAGAUGUUUGAGAAAGGGAAGCUAAGUGAACUGUUGGAAAUUUUGGGGAUUGAAGAGGAACAUAGAGAGAAGGCAGAGAGGAUGUCAAUGGUGGCUUUGUGGUGUGUUCAAUACUUGCCAGAUUCAAGACCUCUUAUGAGCAAUGUGGUGAGGAUGUUGGAGGGAGGAACUGAAAUGAAGACUCCUCCAAACCCAUUUCAACAUCUGGUGUCUACCACUCCAAAUUUUAGUCUGAGCAUUUGUAGCUCAGACUAUUCUGUCUCAAAAGAAGAACCAUCUUCUACCACAGCUUAAGGGCAUGUUCAAUCAAUUCUCAUUACAUAGAACUAAACUUGACUAUGUAAUUCCACUUUUGUUGAUUUGCUUUUUGAGAUCAUUUAUUAUUGUUUAUACUCUGUAAUAGAUUGUAAAUCUU